GUGAAUCCCGCGUCGCGCGUCUUCUGCAACCGGUCGCUGAACAUGGCGAACAUCGCCGCGGUCGGGUUCGACAUGGACUACACCCUCGCGAUGUACAAGCCGGAGACGUUUGAGGUCUUGGCGUACGAGAGCGCGUGCAAGAAACUCGUGGAGGUGUACGGAUACCCCGAGGAGAUAACCGCGUUUAGGUACGAUCACGCGUACAUGGUGCGAGGUUUGGUCGUUGACAAGAAGCGAGGGAACAUCCUGAAGAUGGACCGGCACAAGUACGUCAAGGUGGCGCACCACGGGUUCCAGGAGCUCGACGCGGACACGCGGCUGAAGACGUACUGCGACACCGCGAAGGUGGAUCAGUUCGACGGCGGGAAUUACGCCAACGUGGACACGCUGUUCGCGCUCGGGGAGACCUAUUUGUUUUGCCAGCUCGUCGAAUUACGCGACGCGAUGAAAGAAACGGACCCGUCGCAUCCGUUUACGGCGAAGGCGUUCGACGAGAUCUACGACGAGAUCCGCGCGAGCGUGGACUUGUGUCACAGGGACGGGACGCUGAAGCGCGCGGUCGCGAACGACCCGGCGGCGUUCAUUCACGCCGACGACGCGCUCGUGCCCAUGCUCCAGUCGCUGAAAGCCUCCGGGAAAAAAGUUUUCCUGCUCACGAACUCGCUGUGGGACUUCACGAACGUCGUGAUGAACUACCUGUGCACCGGGACGGUCGGCGAGGACAAGAGCGCGGAGUGGCUGGACUUGUUCGACGUCGUCGUCACCGGGAGCUGCAAGCCGGGUUUUUUCGAGAACGAACGCGCCGCCAUCUUCGAAGUCGAUCGCGUCACGAGCGUUUUAAAAAACACGGACGACGGCGCGCCGAUGCUGCCCAUCGGCGCCUCCGCGGCGGCCGUCGCCGCGGACGACUCCCUUCGCGAGCUCAGGAAAGGCUUAGAGAAGCAGCACAAGACGUUUCAGGGCGGGUCGUACCGGCAUCUGCACGCGAUGUUGGGAAUAACGGUCGGGAACCAGGUGUUAUACGUCGGAGAUCACAUCUACGGGGACAUCUUACGGAGUAAAAAAACGCUCGGGUGGAGGACGAUGCUCGUCGUCCCGGAGCUCGCGCACGAGAUGCGAUGCUUACAAAAGAGCGACGCGCGAAACGAGUACGCGAAGAUAAAGGAGUUAAGACGGCGGCGCGACGACCUCGCGGACGCGCUGCAGCUCGCGGAGGAUGCCGCGCGGCACGGGAAAAACGCGACGUUCGCCCGAUCGGAGUAUAUAACCGACGCGGAAAUCGCGGCGUUGGAAAAAGAGUCCGACGCCGCGAGGGACGCGCACCGCGACGCGGUGCGCGCGCUGCACGCGGGGUUCCACCCGGUCUGGGGGCAGCUCAUGAAAGCCGGGAACCAAAACUCGCGGUUCGCGCAUCAGCUCGAGCGGUACGCGUGUCUGUACACGUCGCACUGUCGCAAUCUGGUCGCGUAUUCGCCGAUGAAGAGUUACCGCGGGCUGUCCGACGCCAUGCCGCACGACCUCGGCGGCGACGAAGAGGACAUGUGA